AUGCCUAUCAUGGAAGAAGAACUCGAGACCACACCACUCAGUCGAUCCAUCAACGAUUUGUCUGAGACGAGGCUGCGCGCGGUUCUCAAAUCCAUUUGCGCGCAAAAUGACGAGGCCCGCAAGGAAGCCGAGAGCCAAUUGCUAGUGGCAACCACCGAUAGCGGUGAAAGCACAGAGAGCAAAAAGAGACAGAGAUCGCGUUAUGCCUUUUGUGAAACCUGCAAGGAGGAAUUCGAUGUGACGACCAAUACUGAUGAAUCUUGUCGGUGUCAUCCGGAAAAAUGCGAGCCCACCGAAGAGCUCUACGUCGACAAUGACUUCGCCGCGGAUGAGUUUGGAGUGGACAACGAUGACAACCGCGCGGAGUUCCCAGAGUGGUUCAGGUUUGAUUGCUGCGGUGGAAAUCUGCGAGAUGACCCGGGAUGCGAACUUGACUACCAUAAAGAACGGUCGCCCCUUAAAAGUUCAUUGAAAAGGGCAAGAGGCUUUUAA